AUGCAGAUAAAAAAUACUUUCGAUCUGUUGGACGGGCACCCGCAACCAGCAAAGAUGAGCGGGGGACCGGACUCCAACAAGGAGUUCAUGGAGCAGUUGCGGAUGCAGGAGAUGUACAACCAGAGGAGCACGGACGGCUCUGACCCUUUCACCUACACGGACCCAGAGGACGGCACUGUCUACGACUGGGACCACGACAAGAAGGCCUGGUUCCCCAAAAUCACUGAAGACUUCCUCGCAGCCUACCAGGCCAACUACGGCUUCAACCAAGAAGGAAAUCCAGACGCAUCAGCAGCAGCGGCGGCGGCGGGCAGCACUGAUCCAGCUGCUCAACAACAAUCCACCAAACCAGCAGCACAGAAAACUGAGAUGACAAAAGCCAUGGCCGCGGAGGCAGCGGAGGCCCAGGAUGCAAAGCAGAACGCAGAAAAGAGGAAAGCAGAGCAAGGGUGGUUUGACAUCGACGAGGACAAAAACACCAAUGUCUACGUCUCAGGCCUCCCCCCGGACAUCGGAAACGACGAGUUUGCCGAGCUCAUGUCCAAGUGCGGCAUCGUCAUGAAAGACCCCAUCACAGAGGAGUACAAGGUCAAACUGUACAAGGACCGAGAGGGGAACCUGAAGGGAGACGGCCUCUGCUGCUACUUAAAGAAAGAGUCGGUGGCGCUGGCGUUGCGUCUCAUCGACGAGUCUGAAGUGCGCGGCUACAAACUCCACGUGGAGGCGGCUCGCUUUGAACUGAAGGGAACGUACGACGCCAGCAAGAAGAAGAAGAAGAACAAAGACUACAAGAAGAAGCUCAAGCAGCAGCAGAAGAUGUUGGACUGGAGGCCUGAGAAACAAGGAGAUGUGAGAAAAAGACACGAGAAAGUUCUGAUCAUCAGGAACAUGUUUCAUCCCAGUGACUUUGAGGAGGACCCUCUGGUGCUGAACGAGUACAGGGAAGAUCUUCGAACCGAGUGUGAAAAGUUUGGCGAAGUCAAGAAAGUCAUCAUCUUUGACAGGCAUCCGGACGGCGUGGCCUCGGUGGCGUUCAAAGAUCCGGAUCAGGCCGACGCGUGUAUGCAGGUGUUUAACGGCCGCUGGUUUGGAGGACGCCAGCUCUCUGCCGAGCCCUGGGACGGUACCACGGACUACCAGGUUGAAGAAACGUCGCGAGAACGUGAGGAGCGCCUCAAAGGCUGGUCCACUUUUCUGGAGGUCGGCGAAAAAUCCCAGAAGGAAGAAGGCGCAGACAAGCCGCCACAAGAGGGCGCCACCACCAUCACCACCUCUACCACCAUCACCACCAACACUGAAAACAGCACUGAGCCUGAACCCAAAGCAGAGAAAGCAGGAGCCACACGACGGGAGAAAGAGGAAGACAUGGACUCCACCGACAGCAGCCUGGCAGGCAGUGACGAGGACGCCUAA